CUUAUAAUUACCGGUUGAAAGGAGAGAGAUUUCUCCGUUGUGUUUCUGGCAAUCUCCGUCUCCUUCUCCUCCUUUCCGAGAAGAUGCAGCUGCAGCAGCAGCAGCAGCAGCAAUAUCUCUUAGGAGCAAUCGUUGCUUCUAUUUUAGGGUUUCUCUUCUUGCUUUCUGCAUUGCAUGUGAAGACGAAGAAGAAGAAAGUGAAGGAGGAGAAGGAGAAGGAAAGAAAAUCCAUCUUGACUGAUGGAAGCCGCAGAUCUGAAGCCAGCUGUAGCAGCAGUUGUACGGAUGUGAUCGUCGUCGGAGCCGGCGUCGCGGGGUCUGCUCUCGCUUACACCCUUGGAAAGGAUGGGCGCCGAGUGCAUGUCAUUGAAAGAGAUUUGACAGAGCCAGACAGAAUUGUUGGGGAACUAUUGCAACCAGGUGGCUACCUGAAAUUGAUUGAGCUGGGCCUUGAGGAUUGCCUGGAGGAGAUUGAUGCGCAACGAGUGCUUGGGUAUGCUCUUUUCAAGGAUGGAAAGAGUACUAAAAUCCCAUAUCCUUUGGAAAAUUUUCAUUCAGACGUUUCUGGCAGGAGCUUCCAUAAUGGGCGUUUCAUACAGCGUAUGCGGGAAAAAGCUGCAUCUCUUCCCAAUGUCACGUUGGAGCAGGGAACUGCAACGUCCCUGCUUGAAGAAAAUGGGACUGUUCAGGGAGUACGAUACAAGAAUAAGGCUGGUGAAGAAUUCAGAGCAUAUGCGCCACUUACAAUUGUUUGUGAUGGUUGUUUUUCAAAUUUGCGGCGCACUCUCUGCAGCCCUAAGGUGGAUGUGCCAUCUUGUUUUGUUGGUUUGGUUCUGGAGAACUGUGAACUUCCAUACCCAAACCAUGGUCAUGUUGUUUUAGCAGAUCCUUCGCCUAUAUUGUUUUAUCCAAUCAGUAGUACGGAGGUCCGCUGUUUGGUUGAUGUACCUGGUCAAAAGGUACCUUCUAUCGCUAAUGGAGAAAUGGCAAACUAUUUGAAGACAGUGGUUUUACCUCAGAUCCCAGAUGAGCUUCAUGAUGCCUUUAUAUCUGCCAUUGAUGGAGGAAGCAUACGAACAAUGCCAAAUAAGAGCAUGCCAGCUUCUCCCCAUCCCACGCCUGGAGCCCUUCUAAUGGGGGAUGCAUUCAAUAUGCGCCAUCCUUUAACUGGUGGAGGAAUGACUGUGGCAUUGUCGGAUAUCGUUUUGCUACAGAACCUUCUGGAGCCUCUACAUGAUCUGAAUGACGCAGCUUCGCUGUGCAAAUAUCUGGAGUCCUUUUAUACCCUGCGCAAGCCAGUUGCGUCUACAAUAAAUACCUUGGCAGGCGCCCUAUACAAGGUCUUUUGUGCCUCACCUGAUCAGGCAAGGAAGGAGAUGCGCCAAGCUUGUUUUGAUUAUCUAAGCCUUGGGGGUGUUUUUUCAACUGGGCCAGUGGCAUUACUAUCUGGGCUAAACCCUUGCCCGUUGAGCUUGGUAUGCCAUUUCUUUGCUGUAGCUAUUUAUGGCGUUGGACGUCUAUUGUGGCCAUUCCCUUCACCCAAGCGUAUGUGGAUUGGAGCUAGAUUGAUUUUGGGCGCAUCGAAUAUCAUUUUCCCCAUUAUAAAGGCCGAGGGGGUGAGGCAGAUGUUUUUCCCUGCUAUGGUUCCAGCAUACUACAGAACACCUCCAAUUCACUAGAAAGUGAAGGCAUGACUCACAAAUCGAGGUAAAUAACAACUCUGAUGGUUACGAUCUGCGGCUACGGCAUUAAUUUGUGUUCGUAGUUGUCUGGUUAGAGAGGAUUUGUGUGUAACAUUUCACAUGUUGAGAUUGCUUUGGAACGGGUUAAGAUUGGUUCUUAACGUGUGUAUGUGUAAUAAUUUCAUUUGAGCUGGAAAUGCACUGAAAUUUGUUAUACAACACCCGAUUCUCUCUGGAAAUCAAGUUGCAGUUGCAAGCUUGGGAUUGGCAUA